CUUCUGCUCUUCAUUCGGCUGCAGAGCAGAGCGUACCUCAGCCUUCCUCUGUUUUUUUUAUCCGACUUUGGCCGUAACAGCAGGGUGCCAGAAAACCUCACUAAUUAAGAACGUGCGCAGCUUUCUCAGAAGAAACCAGGGAGAUCUCGGGACUACUGAGAAACACCAUGUUGAGGCGAAGGCCCUCAAACGCCUCGGAGAAGGAGCAGGUGCAGAAGAAGAAGCUCACCCUGCAGAGGUCCAGCAGCUUCAAGGACUUCAUGAAGCACAAGCCCACUUCUCCUGUUGUGUCAGAGAAGGAGUUCCACUUGGAGGAGAACUUGGCGGACGGGGUGACGGCAGAAGAAGCGGUGAAAAGUGGCAGCAAACUGGGAAAGAAAUGGCGCAACGUCAUCUCACGUACGAUGACCCGCAAAACGUCCAAAAUGGUGCAGAAGGCUCUCGCUGAAGAAGGGGGGGAGAGUGGGGAUGAUAUGUCUCCCAUCUCCGCUGACUUUAUUCCAGGUCUGUAUGCAGGACAGAGGUCGUCCGUGUGCUCCACAGGCUCAGAGGACACCAUGCCCAGCCCCAUCACCCGCCAGCUCUCUGGCAGCAGUGACAGACAGAGUCUGGACAGUGGGUACUGCCAGAGGGACAGCAUGAGACUGGAGGAGAACGGCAUCUCUUACAACGGACCGUUCUGUGGUCGGGCUGUGGUCCACACUGACUUCACUCCCAGUCCCUACGAUGUGGAGUCACUAAAACUUCAAAAAGGAGACAUCAUCCACAUCAUUGAAAAGCCCCCUGUGGGCACCUGGACGGGGAAGCUCAACAACAAGGUGGGCUCCUUUAAGUUCAUCUACGUCAACCUCCUGCCUGAUGAGAGUCCCCCGUCCAGGAGGAAACAGUGCAACAAUAAGAACCGUCGAUCCGUAUCCAAACCCAAAACUCUGGAGGAAGUCCUGGACAGCAUCGGCCUGACGGAGCUGAGUUCCUUGUUGUCCAUGCACGGCUUCCAGAGCCUGGAGGACUUCGCAGGACUGAAGGAGUCUCAUCUGAACGAGCUGAACAUCACAGAUCCAGAGCAGCGCUCCAAGAUCCUGAACGCCACUGAACUGCUCAGAGACUCUGAAGACGAGUCAGAGGAGGAGGCCACGUCUGUGGAGGAUGCCAAGGAGCCGAGGGAUUCAGGCUGUUUCGAGAGCUCUGAGAACCUGGAGAGUGGACGUGAGGAGCCAAAGGCGGAGAAGGAGACAAACAAAGAGACAGAGAAACAUGAGCAGGAGUCAGAACAGAAUGAGGAGAAUCCUGAGACAGAUCAGCAGGUUGAUGCUGUGAAGGAGCAGCUGGAGGAGCUGACGUUGGACGAAGGCUCCUGAGAAGUGACGGAAAAAAUACUUGUUUCAAACUGUGGCCGCAGGUUUAAAAUCUCUCUUCAUGCUAAGAGAGGACGGACUGUAACAAUCACAUUUUUAAAACUGUAUGAACACGAAGGUGUUUUCAGUUUGCUUGCACUGUUGAGCAAGCAGCACAGGAUGUUUUCAUCUCUCACUGCUGGGUACUUUUAUCCUUUUGAAUGAACAUGAUGUUAUUGUCUGAAUUGUGUUGUUGUUUUACAUUAAGUGUCAUGUGAUGUGUCAGAUUAUGAAGCGUUUAAAAGCAGUCUUUCUCUUUAAUGUCGCCUUGUCAUUCUGUGUGGUCUUACAAAUACAAGAAUGUAAAAUAUUUUUCAUGUAACUUGAUAAUGGCUUAAACUUGUUAAGAGUUGAAAUGAUUUGUAUGUGUUGUAAAUAGAACUGCAAUAAAAGUAAUUCUUGAAAGUAAAAA